CAAAACACGGCGCAGGAGAAUCUCAACAGUGAAGCAGUCUUUUCGAAGCUGGUUUUACGUAUUUAACGCAGCUAUUUAACUCAUUUAUAACUAUGAACGAGUAAAGUAAACGCAAUGGCUUAGACCUUCUCCACAGAGAAAAUUAGAACUUUAUCUAGUAGUUGUCAUUACUGUGGAUAAUGAUUCCCGCGUUGUUACGCCGGCACUUGUUGUCUUGUUACAGUAGGAAUAGUUGGAUUCUCGAUUCGAUUGUGAAAUUUAGUGUGAAACCACCUGACAGUGGCUGUAUAUUUUAACGAUUGUAUCACCGGUGACUUCGUCUGCAUCGGUGCAGGAGAACGAAAAAGAAACACGACGACGAGCGUAAUUAAUUUUAAUAAGUUCCAGAGUCGGGUUCGUGCAGAGAGAAAGUCAGCUGAGUCAAAUCUUUCCGGUUUCACGGCCGCCAUGGCGGGUCCUCUGCUCGAGUUCGAGACCGACAUGUUCCUCGGUCUCUUCUCCGCCGACGGGCUCCUGGUGACGGCGGAGGGUAUGGGCGUCGACCGCGUGCUGCUGCAGUUCUUGCGCGUGUAUUCGGAAGAGGGAAGUCUCGUGCUUCUCCUGAACACCACCGCACCUGAACAGGAGUACCUGACGGAGCAGCUGCGGGCAGAAGGAGUGAGACACCUCCCGCGCACCAUCACCAGCGAGGUGGCGAGCAGCGAGCGCUAUGACGUGUACACGCAAGGCGGCGUCCUCUUCGUGACGAGCCGCAUUCUGGUGGUGGACUUCCUCACCGACCGGAUCCCUGCGCAUCUCAUUUCCGGAAUCCUGGUGUACCGGGCGCACAAGAUAAUCGAGUCUUGCCAGGAAGCAUUUAUCCUGAGACUUUUCCGGCAAAAAAACAAGACAGGCUUCAUCAAGGCUUUCACAGACAAAGCCAUUGCCUUCUCAUCUGGCUUCUGCCAAGUGGAGAGAGUCAUGAGGAACCUCUUCGUAAAGAAGCUCUUCCUUUGGCCCAGGUUCCAUGCUGCUGUUAAUUCAGUGCUUGACAGACACAAGCCUGAUGUAGUUGAGCUCCAUGUGUCCCUGACUCCAGCCAUGAGGGCCAUCCAGACCUCGGUGCUGGACAUCAUGAAUGCUUGUCUGAAGGAGCUGAAGCGCUACAACCCGACACUGGAGGCUGAGGAUCUCUCUCUGGAGAACAUGCUGAGCAGCGCCUUUGAGAAAACAAUUCGUCACUACCUGGAUCCACUGUGGCACCAGCUGGGAGCCAAAACAAAAUCGCUGGUCCAAGAUCUGAAAAUUCUGCGUACCCUGCUGCUCUACCUCACCCAGUAUGACUGUGUCACCUUUCUGAACCUUCUGGAGUCCCUGCGUUCCAGUCAAAAAGCUUUUGGAAGCAACUCAGGGUGGUUGUUCCUGGACUCUAGUACAUCUUUGUUUGUUAAUGCUCGUACACGUGUGUACCGUGUAUCUGAGACAAAGAAGAAGCUGAAGGUAACAGAUGGUGCACAGCAACAACAAAACAAUACAGUGGAGAUCAAGAGGGAGCUGGUGCUGGAGAAGAGCCCUAAGUGGGAGGCACUGACUGAGGUAAUGCAGGAGAUUGAGAGACAGAACAGCAGCUGUGAAGAAGGCCCAGGACGGGUGUUGAUCUGUGCCAGUGACGAUAGGACCUGCGCCCAGCUGCGGGAAUAUAUCAGUCGUGGAGCCGAGGCCCUGCUGCACCGUCUCUAUGCACGCACCAUUGGCAAAAGGGAUGCUCUCUUUCAGCAAGGCUUUGAAAAAAAAAGAAAAGCCUGGGACAGAAAGGAGCUUGAGAAGGGUACAAAUGGCAAGAAACCAACAGUGAAGCAAACAAAAGGCAGCAAGAAGAGCAAGAAGCCAUAUCUAACCCUCACUCAGAUGGUGGAGAAGGAAGCUGAGGUAGAAGCACUUGGCAGUAGUGCUGACGGAGAGGAUGAAGAAGAGGAAGUAGAGCUCGGCUUGGACCUACCUUCCGACAAUUGUUACGGAAUCUUGAAGGAACCACUAACUGUCAUCCAUCCACUCCAGGGCUGCACUGACCCCUACAGCCUGACACGGGUACUGCAUGAAGUAGAGCCAAAAUAUGCAGUGCUGUAUGAUGCUGAGCUGUCCUUUGUUCGCCAGCUGGAAACCUAUAAAGCCAGUCGUCCAGGCAAACCAAUGAGGGUGUACUUCCUUAUUUACGCUGGCUCCACGGAGGAACAGAGGUAUUUGACUGCUCUACGCAAGGAAAAAGAGGCAUUUGAGCAUCUCAUCAGGGAGAAGGCCAGCAUGGUCGUGCCAGAGGAAAGAGAAGGACGAGAGGGCACAAACUUAGACCUGAUCCGGAGCCAGGAGCCUGCCAAUGCCACCACUAACACUUGCAAAGCAGGAGGCCAGGAGCAAAAUGUGGAAUCUUCACGAGUCAUUGUAGACAUGCGAGAAUUCAGGAGUGAGCUGCCCUCCCUGCUGCACAGACGGGGUCUGGACAUAGAGCCUGUCACACUAGAGGUGGGAGAUUACAUUCUGACUGCGGAUAUGUGUGUGGAGCGCAAGAGUGUGAGCGACCUUAUUGGUUCCCUGCAAAGUGGCCGGCUGUAUACACAGUGCCUUUCCAUGACACGAUUCUAUCGCCGGCCUGUGCUCCUCAUUGAGUUUGACCCAGCCAAGCCCUUCUCCCUGGUGGCCCGCUCUGACCUGAGGCAGGAGAUCUCAGCCAAUGACGUGACCUCUAAGCUCACUCUACUCACGCUGCAUUUCCCUCGGUUGCGGCUGCUCUGGUGCCCCUCGCCACACGUCACAGCAGAACUCUUUGAGGAGCUAAAGCGGGGCCGACCUGAGCCAGAUGCCGCUGCCGCCCAAGCCAUCACUGUUGAGUCCGACACGGUCACAGAGUCUGCCAACCUCUACAACCCUGGGACAUAUGAUUUCUUACUGCGCAUGCCAGGUGUCAAUACCAAGAACUGCCAUGCCCUCAUCAGAAAUGCUGGCAGCCUUGCAGAACUGGCUACCUUCAGCCAGGACAGACUGGCAGACAUCCUGGGCAGUGUGACUAACGCCAGACUUCUGCAUGAGUUCAUCCAUGGCACGACCAAGAAGCAGCUUCCACUGAAAAAGGAAGCAGCAGAGGGCUGGGGCCAGAGGUGACAGAGGGUGUCUUAUCUGGGUCACAUGACAUCACAUAGUGGUCUGAACUUUAGUCUCUCAAGAACCCAGUUUUCUACUAUAGUUUAUAGUUUUGUGUGCAGUAGAAUUAUAAGUAUUUUUAUGAAAUGACUGUUGUUCAUGUAAAAUUUCAGAAUACAGUUUUAGCUAUACUCACAAGAAAAUUCAGCACUUUUCAUGACUCACUUGAAAACAAUUACAUGGACUGAAACUAGAACCUUUGUCUCAUUAUGUGAAUAACUUGGUGAAUAAUUAACUUUACAUGCUUGGGUAAAUAAGUGCAUGUCAAAAUGGAUUGCUUUCAUUGUUUUUUCCCUCAGGUUUAUGAAUUCUUUGCUGUUACAUUUGAAUUUAUUUUAGUAUGAAUUUGGCUCAAAGGGUUAUUUAAAGGCAACUUUCCCAGACUAAUGCUCACUUGUGUAAUUACAACGGUGGCACAGUAAAAUGAGCAGUUUGUCUAUGCACUGU